UAACGAGAUAAAAAGUCGUUAUUACGACUUUUAAAAGUCGUUAUAACGAGUUUAAAAGUCGUUAUAACGAGAUAAAAAGUCGUUAUUACGACUUUUUUAAGUCGUUAUAACGAGAUAAAAAGUCGUUAUAACGAGAUAAAAUGUCGUUAUAACGAGAUAAAAAGUCAUUAUUACGAGAUAAAAAGUCGUUAUAACGAGAUAAAAUGUCGUUAUAACGAGAUAAAAAGUCGUUAUUACGACUUUUAAAAGUCGUUAUAACGAGUUUAAAAGUCGUUAUAACGAGAUAAAAAGUCGUUAUUACGACUUUUUUAAGUCGUUAUAACGAGAUAAAAAGUCGUUAUAACGAGAUAAAAUGUCGUUAUAACGAGAUAAAAAGUCAUUAUUACGAGAUAAAAAGUCGUUAUAACGAGAUAAAAAGUCGUUAUUACGACUUUUAAAAGUCGUUUUAACGAGAUAAAAGUCGUUAUUACGACUUUUAAAAGUCGUAUUAACGAGAUAAAAAGUCGUUAUUACGAGAAAUUGCUAUAUAUAUACCGUUAUACAUCUUUAAGGUAAAGGAAAUACCAAUGGAAUAUUAAAGGUGUGAUAAUGGAAACUGAAGAACUAGUAAAACGGUAUUUUUACCUUGGUUUGUCAAAUGCGGAAAUUCUAGCCUUUCUUGCCUUAACUCAUCAUAUUGUCAUUAGCGUUUCAACCUUAAAGCGCAUCCUACGGCGUUUAAAUAUGAGAAGAAGAAAAGAUUAUAGUGAUCUAUUGGAUGUUGCGAUAUUCAUUGCCCAGCAGCAGCAGACUGCUGGAAAACUACAUGGUUACCGUUGGAUGCAUCUCAAAUGCUUGCAAAAUAAUCUACGUGUUCCAAGAGACAGUGUAUAUGAAAUAAUGAAGUUACUAGACCCGGGCGGGAUGGCAGCUCGAAGAAGGCAACGUUUAAAAAGACGCCAAUACGUUAGUAAGGGACCAGACUUUGUAUGGCACAUUGAUUCAUAUGACAAAUUAAAGCCAUAUGGCAUAGCUAUUAACGGAUGCAUCGACGGAUUUUCGCGAAAUAUAAUGUGGCUAGAAGCUAGUACAACAAACAGUGAUCCUAAAGUAAUCGCUUACUACUUUAUUCAAGCAGUUCGACGGAAGAAAGGUGUUCCAAAACGAAUUCGAACAGACAUGGGAACAGAAAACACCCAUGUUGAACAGAUGCAAGUUUUUCUUAGACGUAACCAUCAGGAUGAAUUAUCAGGACAAAAAAGCUUUCUUUAUGGAAAAAGCACACAUAAUCAGAGAAUAGAGUGGUUUUGGGGAUGUUUGAGAAAAAAAGUAGGACAAUUUUGGAUGGAUCUUUUCCAAAACCUAUCCAGUGAUAAUGAAAGUACGUCAUUUUGUGGUACCUUUCUCGACAAAAGCUUAAUACAGUUCUGUUUCAUCAAGCUAAUUCAGAAAGACCUGGACGAGUUGGCAGCAAUGUGGAAUACCCACACUAUUUCGUCGAGUGUUAACAGGCUUCGCGAAGGAAAUCGUCCACUGAUGAUGUAUACUUUGCCUGAGCUGUUCGGUUGUGAGAACCAACUUUGCCCUGUUAAUACACACGAAGUUAACUUGUGUGAAGAAGAAACAACCCCAAAACCAGAACACCCAUGUGAUGACACUGUUAAAGAACUCUGUUUCGAUAUAAUGGAGGAAACUGGAGAUGUCAUGCCAGACAAUGCAUUUAGUGCCAAAGAGUUGUACUUAAGUCUUAGAGAUGCGAUUCUUGAACAGCUAUGAACUAUUGUGACUUAAUGAUUGUCUAUUACAAUGACAAACGGAAUUUACUUUACUGGCUCGAUAGAACUAUUUAGAAUGACAUAAUUGCAGAAUAUGAGGAGUUUAUAUAAAACAUUUAAAUAAAAUGGCUGACAAUUCACAUAUUUCAAUUGCCUAAUGAAUUUCAUAUUAACGUAAAACUUUUUUGUCUGUAAAGGUUUGGGUAUUGUUAACAUAUAAUUUUUCUUUAAUAUAUUAAAUUCAUAUAGUAUGGCGUUUUAAAGCUAAUUAAGAAAUGAACUCAAUUUCUACCCAAGUUAUACGAGUAUUUACGCUUUAUAAUCCGCGAAGCGGAUAAUAAAAAAGCGUAAAUUGCUCCAACCCAGGUAAACUCGUAUAACUUGGGUAGAUAAUGAGUUCAUUCCUUAUAAUUUAAUUUUCUGUAAUUAAUUAUACGAAUUGAGUGCGUUUUACUUUUUAAAAUGAUAAUUACCUCUUCAAAAUUCAAACGUAACGUCAAGCGGAUUAGUACGUUUUUGACGUUGGUACAUUGUGACGUGUCUUGUGACAAGCAAACCAGGUUAUACAAAUUUAACAAAAAUUUUCUAUCCAAUCAAAUGCUUCGUUACAACCAGAAUUUAUAUAUAUAUUAAUUCUAGUUGUAACGCGCUUUCUGAUUGGCUAAACACACAGAAAAAAAAUAAUUUAUUUUGUAUAACCUGGUUAGCUAUGUAGCCACCCCUCUUGACAACCCCAUUUUCACGCGCGUGUUACAGUUUUUAUUUAAAUUCAAAUUUUAAAUAAUUUCUAUCUUUUACAAUUAAUAUUUUUUUAAUCUAUUCGCGGAUUAUAAAAAAGCGUGCACUGC